AUGACCUCAAGACAGCCCUUUGAGGGCCUUACGUUUUGUUGUACAGGCGUGCAAAACAAAUUGAGGAGGGAGAUCAACAAAUAUGUCAAGGCAUUAGGAGGAAUUCAAUACGAUGAUUUAAUGACUGAUGUGCAAUACUUGAUAGUGGGCAGUCGAGAUACACCGAAGUACCAAUUCUGCGUCAAAAACCGAUUAGACAUUGUGUUUUUAGCUGAGGAUGCGGUUUCAAAAAUUUACAAAUCAUGGCUAUUAGGAGAAGAAGUGGAUCAACUGCGACUUGAUGAACAUAAACUACCAAUAUUUGCCAACAUCAAUGCGUGUCUUUCACGAACGGACCUAACACAAUCACAAAUUGUGAAAUUAUUUGAAGCUGCUGGUGGGUUUAGAGGGGAUGCGGUAGAGAUGAGCUACUUCAAUUGCAAUGGUUUAACUCAUUUAUUAAGUGAUCACGGUGGGAGUGCCAAAGAAUCUUUACUGAAUGAUCAAACUUGUAUGAUUAGCGCAGAUCCGCGAGGAACAAGAUACAACAAGGCAAUCGAAUGGAAAAUACCUGUUGUGCAUCCCAUAUGGGUCUACGAUAGUCUCUUACGUGGUGCGGCAUUGGAUUAUAAUGACUAUACAUUGAGUAGUAAUAACGAUGAAAUAUACACAAAUGGAUGCACCGUUUGGGAGAGCUUAGUGGAAGAGAAGAGGAAACGUAAAGAAAACAAGGAAGAUUUGGAAAAUAAGGAAAACUCGCCACCACGCAAGAAAAAACUCGUUUUCCAAUCAACUGGAAUUACAAAGGAUGUACCAAAGACGCUUCAGAAAACAAAUAAUAGAGAGAUCUGGGAUUCAAUAAUGGACCGCACCAAGGCAGCAAAAGCGCCAAUAGCAGGAGCAGGAGCAGUAGCAGAAGAAGAAGCAGGAACAACUACAGUAGCAUCAACAAGAGCCACCGCAGCAUCUGCAUCAGAACAGAACAAAACGAAAAAAGAUGCCGAGAAUCAGGCUUGGGACGAAGAGAGUGAGACUGAAAACAUUGAAGAUGUUGAAAAAUUGGAACAAAAGGUUGAAGAGCAAGAAAAAAAAACUGCGAAAAGCACCUUGUUCUUGGGCUUUAAUUUCUUACUUGUUGGAUUUGAUUCAAGGGAGUCUAAUUUAUUAAGCGGCGGUAUUGAGGGAUAUCAAGGAGAAAUAACGAAGGAUGUCAAUGAUGAUUCAAUUACACAUAUUAUCAUUCCUGCAAAACGUGGUAGUCGCUCAUCUAGUGUUUUGAAGCCAUUACCCUCAACAUUAAAGCAAAAGAUUACCAAUAGCGAUGUGAAAGUUGUUACUGAGUUUUUUAUCGAGAAAAGUAUAUAUUACAAAAAGGUGGUUUUGGAUACUUGGGGCCAGCCAAUAAAAGGUUUGAUGCCGUCGACUCGGAAAUUCCAAGUUUCUACAUCUGGGUUUACAGGUAUUGAACUUUUGCAUAUUGAAAAAUUGAUCAAAUUUAUGAACUUUGAGUAUUGCGAUACGUUAUCUAAAGACCGCGAUAUUCUCAUGCUCAAUGUGAAUCUUUUUAAGGAAAGUUUUAUGAAGAAUUCACCUAAAUUAUUUGAAUACAAAAACACGGACAUUCUUAAUUGCCCUGUUUAUCAAUCUGGCGGGUCAUCUGUUUCGCUUCUUUCAGCAAAGAACAAGAUUGAGGCUUGCAAAAAGUGGAGCAUACCAGUAGUAUCCCUAGCGUAUUUAUGGGAGAUAUUUGAGUUGUCCAAGUACAAGUCGGAGAUGAUGAUGCCGGAAUUGACCAAUUCCAAAUGGUGCAUUUAUGCUCCAAUAAAUAAUACGAGACCGAGAUCAUUGAUGGAAUACCUUAAAAGCAUGAGUGAUUUCACAUCGACAAAGCCUGGCGCUACAAACUAUGGCGACCUUCCGCCUAAAUCCAAGUCAGUAAGUGAUAGAAUAGAUGAAGAUACAGAUGAUGGGCUGGUUAAGCUUCCAUCGCCACGUAAAAUUACCCCCAGGAAGAAGUACGGCAGACUUGUUGGCCGGUCACCACAAUCUAUAAGAAAUAAGUUGGUUCCUAGUAGGGAAAAUAGUGUAAUGGGUUCAGUGUAUGAGAAUCGAAACGAAGAAAAUGGUGAUAUCACAAGGGACGAGGAUUUCUCACUGCAGGUCAGGUAUGAGGAUACAACGUCAAUGAUAAACCAAGAGCGGCUAUUGAAAAAGCUAGAGCAUGGAGCUACAGGCACUGCUAACAUUAACCAUAGCAAUGACAAAGAUAAAACCACUAAUGGUAAUAACCCGGAUGCAAUGGAAGUCGAGGUUGAGAAUAUGGAAGCUGAAGAGGAAAUGGCUGCAAAUGCUUCUAAAAGGAGAAGAAGAACGCGCACAGGUCCCAAACCCUAA